AUGCAACGCACACCCCCACAGAAACGGCGCAAAACAUCGCCAACGACAUCAGUACCAGUUGACGCGCCGACGACCCUAGGACGACUACCACCAUCGCAGCAAGAUGGCACGAGGACUCCUACACGUAGGCCUUCCUUUGCGUCUCCUACGAAAGCCAGUAUCGCGAGACAUAAUCCGCAGUUGUUGAAUAGACCUCUAUCGUCGGGACAAGGUUCUGAGAAGCCUGGGAAUAAGGGAAAGCUAGAUGAUUUAUUUGCAAAGGCGCUGGGGGAAUCGAAUGCUAAGGUGGGAGAACGUACGCCUGGAAUUGGAGAGUCGCCGCGAAGACCGCCUUCACGAGGAUCAAGAGUUCUAGGAGAUGAUAAACAAACCCCUGAAGGGCCGAGACGAUUUCCACAGAGCGCAAAGGGUGCAUCAGCGGUGGGCGAGGGACUAUCAGCAAAGCCAAGAAGGGGAUCUCAAUCACCAUUUAAAUCUCCAGUCAAACAGACGGAUAGUGCUGCACCAAGAGGAAUUGGGAUACUGGGUGAAAAUCUACCCGAUAAUCCAUUUCAGAAGAAGACCGGGCUGAGACGUUCACCGAUUUCAUCGCAGCCGGUGAUUGACACGACUUCAUCUUUCAAGGAAAACCAAGCGGAGGAUGAUAAUCCUUUUCAAAAGAAAGCCACGUUGAGGAGAUCCCCAAUCCCCUCACAACCUACCGCUAUUGAGGAGCCGACAAUCGCGCCGAAUGGACCCCCUCAAGUGGCCACGCCUGCUCGCAAGAGCGCUCUUAGGAGAUCUCCAAUCAUAACGGAAGCCUUAACUCUUGCUGAGCCUAUAGGUCAAGUUGGAACUCACGCAGGAGCUUCUCCAGUCCGAAGGGGUGCGCUUAGGAGAUCACCAAUACUUGGUUUACCACCACCUCCUACUUUGAUCGUAGAUAAUGUUCAAGAAACGACGCCGGAGGAUGUUAGAAGAAUUGCAGAGGCUGCAUUGCGACUGUCUCCUACUCUAGGCGCUGUACCGAGUUUGCUUCCAUCCAGCCCGAGUAUUCCGCAACAUGGGAAUCAUCCAGGGAUAUCACCCGUGCGGAAAGGUGCCCUGAGAAGGUCUCCUGUGGUGAACGUUUUGCAACCGACAGAGGUUGAGAGUCCAAUUGUUGAAACGAAUGCAGCUAGGACGACACUAGAAAAUACGGUAUUGACGAGACGGAGAUCUCCAAGGUUGAGAGAGAGCCUUGCCGCAAGUUCAGAAAGAGGGCCUGAAGAGCUCGAGCCGCCAAUUGCGAGGCAGGCUUCACUGAACCAGUCGCCAACGGCACAAGAAGCUACACCGACACAUAAUCAAACCCAACUUGAAGAGCCAGUGCAGGUUACAGAGUCAACUACCCCAAGAGAAUCUCCACCAGCUUUCAUACCCGCUGAUGUAGAUACUUCCAUUGACCAACAAGAAGAGUCCGAGGCAUCAGUUCUAAGAGAGGCAGCCAACUUGCCUACCACGAGGUCUAGUGCUCUCAAAAAUACACAACGUCAACAAGAGCCAGUUCUGCCGCUUGCGUUUCCGAAGAAAGCACUUUUAGACAUACCCCUACCAAAACCUGUUGCACAUGGACCACCAAGCAGACGUACUCGGCGUGAGGAACCAGACUUGCCACCUACUCCAACCCAACGAGGCAUUCCUGACCCUGUUAUGACUACUCCGCCGGCAGGUAUCAAAAACACUCCAAGCAAAAAAGUACGGAAAAGCAGAGCUCUAAGCGAGAGGUUGAAAUCGUCGCCACUUAAACCCAGAGAUCCACCACCACAAAUGUCAAGCCAGGAAAUAAUCCCAGAUUCAUUCCCAGAAGAGCCUGUGAUAAGUUCCACUGGGAAAGCAAAGGCAAAAGAAUUAUCUGUGCGUCGGAAAUCAGCACGAUUUACCAUUACUCCUGACCCUUAUGCUGAGAAGAGAGCAGCGCGUGAUGCGCUGUUGAAGGAAUUACAGCAGCUUCAAGCAGACGUCGCUUUGGCAAAUCAAGAGAAUGAGAGGUUGCGUCAAAAUCAAGAUUCGAAGAAGAAGCGCGCACAGCCAGCGCCUAAUGCUGAAGAAAUUGUAGCCUUACUCCAAAGGACUACAGCAGCGCCGGUAAAGCCAGUGAGCAACCCACCUAGCAUCUUCAAAGAUAUCAGCUCGUUUCUUCCAUUCUCAUCUCGACGGAAGCGUCAAGCUGCAGGAAUUGCAGAGCUCAACAAACCCAUACCCUCUCAUCGGCCUCUGGAAGUCGAUGACCCCAUUUCAUAUCUCAAGGCUUUCAGUACUCUCACAUAUAAAUCAACAAUCACUUUACUUCCUACAGAACAGAAUUCCUCAGCAUCAACUACCCAAGACACGGAGCAGCCAAUCCUCCAACACCAUCUCAUCACCGCCUCCCACCCAUCCGGUCUCUUCUCCGCUCGCAUCUCAAUGACCGUCGACACUUCAACCCUCAAAGUCAAAUCCAUCACUCCAACCGUCGACCCCGCCGCUGAAAACGAACUCGGCACAUUCGUCCGCGGUCGCGCAAGCGGUGCCAACUCUAUUGGCAAAGAUAUAAACGUCAUAUGCUGGGCCAUGACACGUUGGAGCGAGACUGCUAUCAAGCGCGCGAGGUUCUGGCAUGCCGUUCAGAAUGAAUUGCAAACGCCCGAAGCGAGGCUGAAGUCGUUGCGGAAAUUAGGGAGGAAGGCUAAGCGGAAGGUUGUAGAGGAGGAUGAAAACGAGGAAAGAGUACCGCCUACGAGAAAGGAGUUGCUUGUGCAUAUAGGACGGACGAGGAUGGAGAUUGUGAAUGAAGAGGUGGAGAUCUUGGUGCAUUGGGGGAUUGGGUUUGAUUGGACGGGAGAGGUGGAGUGUGAUUUGGGGGUUGAUGUUAGGGUUUUGGAUGUUUGGCGUGAUGCGGACGAGAGGAAUAGUCUGGCUGGUAUACCGAAGAUGUUUCAAGGGUUAGUGAAAGAGAAAGGUCCGUUGGGGGCGGUUAGGGUUGUGGUUGGGUUGUUGAUGGGUGGUGAGGGGGUGUGA